ACUACAAGUCCCGUGGUGAGUGCGUGGGGACGCGUGCGUGGCUCCACCGCAGUGCGAGGGUAGAUAGAGGUGACCCCGCCGCCGAGCUCCGAGUCCGAGUCGCAGUCAGAGCAGCAGCAGGCACCGCACAGCUCGAGCAUCUCACCCCGACACACGAUGGCUGAACCGAUCCGUGUUCUGGUGACUGGCGCCGCCGGUCAGAUCGCCUACUCGCUGCUCUACAGCAUCGCCAAGGGAGAUGUGUUCGGGAAGGAGCAGCCAAUCAUCUUGGUCCUGCUGGACAUCCCCCCCAUGCUGCCGGUGCUGGACGGAGUCGUCAUGGAGCUGCAGGACUGCGCCCUCCCCCUCCUGAGGGAGGUCAUCCCCACCGACAAGGUGGAGGUGGGCUUCAAGGACCUGGACGCCGCCAUCUUGGUGGGCUCCAUGCCCAGGAAGGAGGGCAUGGAGAGGAAGGACCUGCUCAAGGCCAACGUGGCCAUCUUCAAGACGCAGGGGGCCGCGCUGGACAAGUUCGCCAAGAAGACCGUCAAGGUUUUGGUGGUUGGAAAUCCGGCGAACACCAACUGUCUGAUCGCCUCCAAGUCUGCUCCGUCCAUCCCCAAAGAGAACUUCUCCUGCCUGACUCGCCUGGACCACAACCGGGCCUCCUCCCAGGUGGCGAUGCGUUGCGGCGUGUCCUCCGACAAGGUGAAGAACGUGAUCAUCUGGGGAAACCACUCGUCCACCCAGUACCCCGACGUCCACCACGCCAAGGUCGACGUCCACGGCUCCGAGGUCGACGCCUACGACGCUAUCAAGGACGACGCCUGGCUCCGAGGAGACUUCAUCUCUACGGUGCAGCUGCGCGGCGCCGCCGUCAUCAAGGCCCGGAAGCUGUCCAGCGCCAUGUCCGCUGCCAAGGCCAUCUGCGACCACAUCAGGGACAUCUGGUUCGGCACCAAGGAGGGCGAGUUCAUCUCCAUGGGCGUGAACGCAGGUGGGAACUCCUACGGCAUCCCGGAGGACCUCAUCUACUCCUUCCCCGUCCAGAUCAAGAACAAGACCUGGAAGGUGGUCGACGGACUCUCCGUCAACGACUUCUCCAGAGCCAAGAUGGACGCCACGGCGGCCGAGCUGGUGGAUGAGCGAGACACCGCGAUGGACUUCCUGUCCCAGUGACUGUCUCCCCCUGCUGGUCGACAGCAGCAGCAGCACUUAGACCCCCCGACGCCUCGCUGCUGCUCGCGGCUCUGAAGACGACGCCCCUCCACCACUUAUAACGUCCCCGCUGGUGUCUGUGUGUUUCCUCCCUGUGUGUGAGUCUGUGUGCGUGAAGGUGCGUCACUAGGCCACUUCUCCGGGUUUUUCAGAAGAACCCGUCUAAACGACCACGACCCGGCGGCGAGCCGUCAUCUGUCUGUAGAUAAUUAACACACGUUAGCCGUCCAGGAACUGUAACGACAUGUUCUCACCAAUAAAACCACAAGAACCUGACGGAACCAGAACCAGAA